AUGUCUUCCCCCCCCCCGCAGAAGAGGAGCAAGUUGCACUAUCAUGUCGCCGUGGUCAUCAACUACCUUGGGCACUGCAUUUCCCUGGGGGCCCUGCUGGCUGCAUUCGUGCUCUUCAUGCGCCUGAGGAGUAUUCGCUGCCUACGAAAUAUCAUCCACUGGAACUUGAUCACAGCCUUCAUUUUGCGGAACGCCACGUGGUUUGUGGUGCAGCUGACCAUGAAUCCAGAAGUACAUGAAAGCAAUGUGGCAUGGUGCCGUCUCGUCACAGCCGCCUACAACUACUUUCACGUCACCAAUUUCUUCUGGAUGUUCGGCGAGGGCUGCUAUCUCCACACCGCCAUCGUCCUCACCUAUUCGACCGACAAGCUGCGGAAGUGGAUGUUCCUCUGCAUCGGCUGGUGCAUCCCCUUUCCCAUCAUCAUUGCUUGGGCCAUUGGGAAGCUCUACUAUGACAACGAGAAGUGCUGGUUUGGAAAGCGUGCAGGAAUUUACACAGACUACAUCUACCAAGGUCCCAUGAUACUGGUGCUGUUGAUCAAUUUCAUAUUUUUAUUCAAUAUUGUCAGAAUCCUGAUGACCAAGCUUCGGGCCUCCACUACCUCAGAGACAAUGCAGUACAGAAAAGCUGUGAAGGCGACGCUUGUGCUUCUUCCUUUACUGGGAAUUACUUACAUGCUUUUUUUUGUCAAUCCCGGCGAAGAUGAAAUUUCCCGGAUUGUCUUCAUCUACUUCAACUCUCUCUUGGAGUCCUUCCAGGGCUUCUUUGUCUCUGUCUUCUACUGCUUCCUGAACAGUGAGGUCCGCUCUGCGGUACGGAAGAGAUGGCACCGGUGGCAGGACAAACAUUCCAUCCGGGCCCGAGUGGCAAGGGCUAUGUCCAUUCCUACUUCCCCAACACGGGUCAGCUUCCACAGCAUCAAGCAGUCAACGGCUCUCUAAGGCUGCUCCAGACUAUGGGGCUGACGGCGUGCUACAAUUAUGGGGACGAGACAUAACUUGCCAGCGGCAAAGGCGGGACAUUCACUCCUCUGGAGCUGUGGUUCAGGACAGCCUACAGAACUCGUUGUCCACAUUCUGCUGGCCUCUUACGGGAGAGACUGUGUUUGCGUUAAAGCAAGUGUUUGUGUGGCUGGAACUGAAUCUUGGCAGGAUUUGUUGGCUCCAAAACAAUGGGAAGUCCAAGGCCUAUGACCACCACAUUCCAUCCCUAGAAGGUGUGGUUUAUUUCACUUUCUCAUGCCAGCUGGAGCUCUUUGCUCUGUUUACUUAGAUUUGGGGAAGGGUUAUCAAAUUGCAAGUGCUGUGGAAAGAACAGAGGGGACAGAUGAUUCACUCUCAAAGUACAAAAUCCUGGCAUGUUUUUCCCCCAAGCACAGUUGGUAGAUAAUAAUCAGAUUUAAACAGAGCCAAAGGAAGGGAUUUUUCUUGAGCAGCAACGACCACC